AUGAUGUUGAACGGUAGGAGGGAAUGCGAUAAGCCGGAGUUCACAAGGCAACGGGCAGUUUGCAAUGAAUACUCAAUCCUCGACUACAUCCUGGUAGACAGGGGGAGCACGCAGAUCCCAGAGCUGCACAUAAGUGCGAUAGAUAUAGGUUCGACCGACCACUUCCUCAUAUGGGCAAACAUCGACCGAUCUAGAAAGAUCAAGAGUAAGAAACAGAGGAAAGUGUUCCGGUGGAAGGUAGAGCGUUUGGGAGACGAUGGGACACGGGAUGAAUUCCAGAAGGGGCUGGCUGGUAGUGUAGAAUCCUUCAGGAAACUGCUGAGAAGCGUCGAAGACGGACAGGUAGACGUACAGACAGCAGGGGACAGGGUGAUUGAAGGGUGGGAGUCCAUCGUGAACGCAACGGCAGAGAGAGUAGUGGGAAGGAAGGUGGUACGAUGUGGGGUAUCGGUUAAGUGGUGGGAUGACGAGCUGAAAGAAGAAAUAGGGGAACGUAGAGAAGUCUUCAAGCAGUACCUGAGUGAGGCGUCUGAGGAGAGUUGGGAAAAGUACAGGGCCAAGAGAAAACAGGUGAAGGGACUAGUGAGAAAGAAGAAAAAGUGUAUUUGGGACGAAGUAGUGCAGAAGGCCAACGGAGGCCUGGAGGGGAACGUCAAGCAGAUGUGGGAAGGGAUUAGUGGAAUGGUAAAAAAGACCGCGCAAGGGGGGGAUACAGGGGUAGCAACUUUGCGAGGUGUGAACGGUGGAUUAGUCAGCAGUGGGAAGGGAAAAAGGGAAGUUCUAGCAGGACACUACAAGAGACUUGGAGUGCCCUCGGAGAAUGAAGCUUUUGACCAAGUGUUUAAGAAGGAGGUGGACGCAUGGGCCCAAAAAGAAGAAGAGACAUCGAAGGCAGACGUUGGGAACGUAGAACUAGAAAAGGAGUUCACUGAGGACGAGGUUGAGGCGUGUGUGAACAAGCUGAAGUGCCACAAAGCAGCAGGAGCGGAUGGGAUAUUCAACGAGUUCAUGAAGUUUGGGGGGAAGGGGAUGAUCCAGCUGAUGGUACUGCUAUACAAUUGGGUGUGGAAAAACGAGUAUACGCCAAGUAGAUGGAGGGAAGGAGUGGUUGUGAACUUGUUUAAGAAAGGAGACAAGACUGACCCAGGAAACUACAGGGGGAUCACACUGUUGAACACAGUAGGAAAAGUGUUCUGUAAGCUGCUGAACGAUAGGAUAGUGGGAGUAUUGGAGAAGGAACAUAGCAUUAGUGAGGGCCAGGCAGGUUUCCGCAAGAAGAGGGGGUGCGUAGACCACGUGUUCACGGUAGGGAGAAUCAUCCAAGGUAGAAAGAGGGCGGGAAAGCCGACGUACUGCUUCUUCCUGGACGUGAAAAAGGCAUACGACACCGUAUGGAGAAAUGGGUUGUGGAAACAACUGUCCAAAUACGGGAUCAAGGGGAAAAUGUGGAGAGUGCUGAAGAAGAUGACAGAGUGCACGAAAAGCGCGGUCAUGCUAGACGGAGAACUGUCAAAAUUCUUCGACAUUGAGCAGGGGGUCCCACAAGGUUGCACGCUGUCCCCAACAUUGUUCCAGGUGUUCAUCAACGAUCUGUUGGAAGUCGUAGAGGCAGUCCGGAAGGGAGUAAAAGUAGGGGACACGGAAACGUCGGUUUCAGGAAUGCUGUUUGCGGAUGAUUUUGUCGGUAUGUCGGACACCCCUGAGGGACUGCAACUGCAAAUUGACGCGGCGAAGAAGUUUACUGAUAAGUGGAGAUUGUCUGCCAACGUUCAGAAGAGUGCCGUCAUGGUUUGCAACGAGAACAAGGAGGAACCAGUAGAACAUAGAUGGAAGUGGGGGAUCGAGGAGAUUGCAGUAGUGGACCAGUACACAUACCUCGGAGUAGAGAUCGCAAAAGACUGCUCGUGGAAUGCACACAUGUCCAAGGUAGCGGAAAAGGGCAAAGCACGAGCAGGGAAGCUGCACCCAAUACUCGCAAACCGGCACCUCGAUACACGCAUCAAAUUGACGGUUUUGAAGAGCGUAAUCGUACCGCCGCUAGAGUACGCCGGAGAAGUAUGGGAAGGAAAUAAGAAGGUAGUGAAAGAACUCGAGGCGGCGCAGAUGAAAGCAGCGAAAACCAUCCUAGGAUGCUCCAGGCGCACAAGUAAUGCAGCCGUGAGGGCAGAAUUGGGGAUCCAAUCCCUACGGUCGGGAAGAGACGCGAGGAAGCUGACCUGGCAGUAUCGCAUGUGCGGGAUGGGAGAGGAGAGGUUGCCGAGAAUUGUAUGGGAGGCGAAGUGGGCAAACAAAAAGAGGGGUAGACAACCCACGGAAUGGGUCAAGGUUGUAGAGGACGUAUGGAAGGGGCUCGACAUCGACGAAGAUGAAACGCUGGAAACGGAGGGUCUACAGGGGUUCAAGGAGAAGAUAUCUGUUGCUUGUGCCGAGAGAGAAGAACAGAAUCUGAGGAAAGAAUCCAAGGAUAAGGAGGGUCUAGAAGUGUACGGAAUGUUGAAGGAAGGAAUAGGGACGGUAGAUGACGAAGACAACGAGUUCAAAUGUGAUUGCAGCUUCGAAUGCGAAGACCGUGUUCAUGUAGUCGCGGAAUGUUCGUGGGUUUACCACCUGGACAUGACCACGGGAGACGAGGUGGACAUUUCCACCCGGGCGGCGCAGCUGUUCAUGGCCCCAAGUACCCACUGCGAGGGCGGGGAGGACGCCGUUAUCCUCGUCGAGACGGACGGGGAUGAGAGCGGGCAGCACUUGGUGUCGGCGAGGGUGGACGGCUCGGCCAAGAAGAGGAUCUGUCCGACGAGGGGUUUCAGCACGUUUGGCGUUUCUCCCGACGGGCAGAGGCUGUGCCUGAUGCAGCAAGACAUGACGACGGGUUUCUACACCAUCAGCGUCUUGGAAGGGGGAGAGGGAGCUCUGGACCCCCUCAGCACGGCAACGAUGGAACAGGUAGAGAUCCCUCUGGAUCGAGUGAUCAUGGCCUUCUUCUUCAGCCCGGACUCAACCAAGCUCCUGUGCCUCGCCACGAAGGUGUGUGUUUUUUAG